ACCAUACACAAACUCAGAGUCACUUACAUUCUAACACAUAGCGGAUAUGAAGAUACAGUGGUAUACCUUUGGAGUAUUGUUUCUUCUCUCGACUUGCGUCGUGUGUGAAGAGGGUGACGAGGAGGAACAAGAAGGAUUUUCUAAUUUUUUAAGCAGUCUAUUUAAUGGAUGGUUUGAUAGCCCUUCUCCUGAAGCGGAAUCUGAUAGCAACAUAACUUCACAAGUUGUGCCAGUGAAUUCUACCACUGAUGAUAUACCCAACAUCGAAAUUUCAAAUGGCAAUACUACGGUGAAUGUUACAUUGCCUGACGUAAAUGGAGAAUCACAAGAUGCAGGGCUACCAUCUUCAACAGGAAUGGUAACACCACUGAAUGAAAAUCCAACGCCAUCAGAAGAAAAUGAACAACAAACUGAGCUCAUUGCUUCUAUAUUUAGAAAGCUAGAAGACAAACCAAACGGACAAAACGCAGAAGCUGUAACGCCUACAUCGACAUCGACAAAGAAGCCAGGUUUAGGAGAAAUAUGUCAAGCUAACCCAGAUAUGACUUCGUUUUGCGCACUUCCUGAGAUAGUUGUGCGAUAUCUUCAAAAAAACACCAGUAUAGAAUAUCUGUCACGGAAAAUAUUCAACUGUGAUGUUGUCGAGCAACUACAGAAUAAAUGUGCCAAAGGAGAAUGGUGUCUCCCAAGCAAGACUGUUUAUGAUUUUAUGCAGCUUUCAGAUUCUUUCCUGGGUGGUUCAUUAUGUUCACCCAAACUUCGAACAUGUUUGAAGGGAAUAACUGCUGAUCAAGAGGGGUGUCCUAUGAGUACGGAGAUUUACAAUAUACAUGUUGCUCUAGAUUUACUCUGUAAGUUGGGAUCUCAAGAAGGGUUAACCUAUGAAUGUUUUGGGCACGUUAUGGCAAUGUUGCAUGUGAAUUUAGCAGAUGCUCUCAGAACAGACCAGGUGAAUACAGAUGAUUUCAAUCCAGACCAAUGUCACCUUCAAAAGGGCUUGCAAAUUAAACAUUUUAUCUGUAUUCGAGAUUUGUGUACCUAUCAAACAGAUACCAUUAAAAGUUUCGAACCAUGGCAAUGGUUUGUCGCGGAUGUAGCUUCGUUUGAGGAUUCGUGUAAAUACAGGGAUGUCUGUGGACUGCAGAAUCAAGUACCAACAAUAACCACUACUGUAGCUACUACAACUACCACCGUGGCUGCUGUUCCCGAGGUGAAUAACGCUGCUGUUGACGACGAGGAAAAAUCUGAACAAGUAUUUGCUAAUACUGAUAAUAAGUAUACCUACCAUUUGAAGAACCCCAGAACUAAAACUAAGGUGUUGAUUGGAAUAUCAUCAGCAGUUUUAAUAGCAACAUUUGGUUUAACAAUGCUGAUCUGUGCUUUAUGGUAUCACGACAUAAUCCAAAACGAUACCACCCCACUUAUUCCAAAUUACCAAACGAAGAAUCGCAACCAUUAUAUAAGUAAUUUUAUUAACUGA